UUCCAAUCCCUACUAUCUAACAAGCCUACUUAAUUAUAUCCAUAGUAGGGGGGUGUACGUCUAUUAGGAUCACUGAUAGAAUCUAGGGUCUUACGGAAAACCCGGUCUUUAAGUUAUUUUCUCAUUCAAUCUAACUACUUUUUUAAUUAUCAACUUUGUGGGUAACUACUCAAGUUAAACUUGUAUGAAAAAGGUCUUAAUCUUAUAGCCUUUAGCUGAGAAUCAUAGUAAGUUCUAACUAGGCUUGUAUGUGUAAGCCUGGUUAUAAACCAAGGCUAUUCCCAUUACUACGCGCAAUCACUUUUACUGCAUUAUCGUACAUCUUACACAAUCAGUUAUAAGGUUACCAGACAGUAUCAGCUAUGAAACUACAAUUACUUCUUACCUUUAUAGCAACUGUCGUCGCAGCUGUUAUCCAACCUGACUUCAAACAUAACAAUACUGCCGUUGGCUAUACUCGCCACCUGAGUGUAGUCGAUACUCCCCACGGGUCGUCACAGCUGCAUCAACUCUUAGCACGCGACCCUCACCAUGCGUACGAAAUUGCUGAGGAGGCUGCUGGUCCUCUGAAAAAUGGCAAAUACUUGCAUUUUAUGCUUUGCUGGCCGCCGAAAAUACCAGGCACCUCUGGGUUCGGUGGGCAUGGCUGCAGGCAUUAUGGACUUGUUGUCGGCCUUGUCAAUACAUCAGAGAAAACAUAUGAUGCUGUCUUCGUACACGCAGAACUUAAACCCAGUCCUUGGAAACAAUCAAAACAUGUAUUUACCGGACUUCGUAAUGGUCAGAGCUUACGGCGUCCCGGGUAUAAAGACAAUGUUGACAUGACUCAACUUCUUACUAUUGGUCAACCCUUUAUUGAUUGGAUGAACAGCCACAAAACAAUUGCUGUUGAUGAGAGAACAAGCUGCUAUAAGUACUAUCAGUAUGUUCUAGACCACAUGUAAAUAGUAUACAGCGUCAACCAAUGAGUCGCUCCAUUCUACGUUCAAGAAAUUCUCAAACCGCGUGGCGUCAGUUAUAGUGUCAAAUCCAACACUACCAGUUUAUGUAACAUG